AUGGUCAGCUUCGGCCGUAUUGCCUGUGUGGCAUUGCCAUUUCUACUCACUCUCGCUAGCUUAAUUGCGCUGUUGGUGGCUGGCCUGGCUGGAGUUACCGGCAACAAAGAUGGCAACCUAUCCAUGUUCCGCAUCAACCUCACAGAUCUUCAAGUACCACCAUCGGCGUUCCAAGGUCUAGCCCGCCGUUCUGCUAUGCCCGACGACACACUGAACAACCUGGGCAAGAACCUUCAAAGCGCCGCGGGCGACGUGGCCACCAAGAUUGACCAGCUCGCCAAGGAGUUGGCAAACGGUGGCUCGACAAAGGCAAAGGAACUGGGAACUACUAUCCAGCAGAUGGCCACGGAUUCUGGAACGAGCGUCGAACAGAUAGCCAAGCAGAUUGCGGACAAGACCGGUGUGAGCGCCAAUGACUUGAUUGCACAGGCAAAGGCUGCCCUGUCCGGUAACGGCGUCAACAUCACCGCCUCCAUGAUCGGUCUGCACCAGCUUUAUGACGUAAAUCUCUGGAACCUUUGCUACGAGUCUACAGCGGGUAAUCGCACUUGCCCGGAUCCUAAGUUUAACUUUGCCAAAGGGGAGAUCAACGAAACCCUGGCCGAGGUCAAGCGCCGAGCCGCUACCGUCAACACCCUCGCGGGAACCAACAUUACCAUUCCCAAGGAGGUCACCGAUGGUCUCAACACUUUCGCCGAGGUUGUCCGCUGGACCGAGAUUGUUUUCAUCAUCGCCACCAUUGCGCUCGGUCUUGCCCUUAUUCUCGGUGUCGUGGCCAACUUCAGCCGCGCCGUCUCGUGCCUUACCUGGAUCGUCCAGGGUGUUGCCACAGCCGCUGUCAUUGCAUUCGCAUCGCUUGCGACCGCCACCGCCGUUGUCGUCGUCGGUCUUGUUGAGGGAACUGCCAAGAUUUACGGUGCUCGCGCGAACUUCAACAGCGGAUACCUCGCCGCCGUAUGGAUUUCGGUCGCCUUCUCCAUUGCCGCCGGCAUCUUCUGGUUGGCUACCGUCUGUUGCUGCAAGCCCGACGACCGUCGUCGCUCAAAGCGCAACUCGGAUGCCGAGAAGCUCGUCGGCUCGAACAACUCCUCGUAUGCACCCGUGCAGGGUAGCAACGGUUACUACAACAACUCCACCUCUUACGGUGCCCCGAAGUACCCUCAGGGUGGCCGCUCCGACAUGGCCUACGAGCCUUACUCCCACGCUCGUUAA